AUGGCGUCUCUGAACCUAUCAACGAAUGGGCCCUCAAUAUCGAAAAGCUACAAAUCCAUUGUUGAUGCGCCGGCUCCCUCGGGUGCAGCGGCUGCCUCUCCAACAUACGCACAGUGGGCACUUUUUGCAGUAUCUGCACCUCUGGUGAAUGCUUUCCAACAAGAUUCAGGUGGCAAGGAGAGCGUUCUAAAGGUGCAGAGUACAGGAGAGGGCGAACUUGUGGACUUGAUAGAUGACUUUUCCGACGGACGGAUACAAUUUGCUUACGUUAAAGUCAAGGAUCCCAAUACCGGCUUGCCCAAGAAUGCACUUGUUGCCUGGUGCGGUGAAGGUGUCCCAGAACGAACCAAAGGUUACUUUACCAGUCACCUUGCAGCUGUUUCCAAGCUUCUCCACGGAUAUCAUGUACAAGUCACCGCGCGCUCUGACCGAGAUCUGACACCAGAAGGAAUCAUUCAGAAGAUUGCGGACUCGUCAGGCUCCAAGUACUCAGCUGGUAGUGGGGCACCUUCUACCACCACGGCGACCAAGCCCACCGUCGCCUCAAAACCAGCUUUCACACCCACUCAAAGCUCAGGUGGUGGUGGAUAUAGUCCAAUGGCCCGCAGCAGGCAAGACGCCUCGAGAUCAACCAAUGUUGUGGAUGACGAUGGCUGGGGUGAGGAUGCACCGCCCGUCACAAGGACUCAAUUGGAAAAGGUCCAGCCAGCAUACCAGCCUACGAAGGUCAACAUGAGGGAGCUCUCUUCGCAGAAUCAACCGCGGGAGCCACCCAACGACAAUCGCAGCAACGAAUCCCCUCCAGGUGUUGUGAAAGGCACAUACCAGCCGGUUGGUAAGGUUGACAUUGCUGCUAUCAGGCGACAAGCCAAAGAAUCUGGUGCAUCGAAUGACGAUAGGCCUGAAGUCGUCAAAGGGUCCUACGAACCUGUCGGCAAGGUCGACAUUGCAGCAAUUCGCGCAAAGGCCCAGAGACCUUCCGAACCGCCUGUGGCAGCGGCAGCUGUCAACGAAAGCGGCAAAGCAGAAGAAACAAGAGCAGAAAUGAAGCCAGUGUCACAGCGCAGUGCUGCAUUCUCCACCUCGGAAAGGCUCACGUCCUUGCCUAAGCCCAAGGUCGCCAACAAGUUUGGUAGCGGCGCAUCUUUUACCGGCACUAAGGCGCCGACGCCAGGCAGGUUCGAAGCUAAGCCCUUAUCUGCUGCGGCGCCUGUAGGAACCGCGAGCAGGACUUUCGCAGAUCAAGGUGGGAAAACUCCAGCUCAGAUCUGGGCGGAGAAGAAAGCUCGUGAGCGCGGGUUGAGCGGCUCCGCUGAUGCCAUACAGCCAUCUUACUCCGGGCAAUCGCCUCUUCAAUCACAGACUAGCGGCGGUGGGGAAUGGAAGAGUGGGUACGCGGGCAGGUCUUGGGCACCCGUGCAAACCACACCUACUGGUAAAUCGGCUGGAAGCAGUAUCGGGCAGCAGAAAACUGGCGAGAUACAGUCGCCUAUUGAAGAGGAGGCCCCGCGAUCUCCUGCUGGUGGUGUUGGUUCCAUUCGAGAUCGUUUCAGCGGUGCACCACCAAUGGGAGCACCUGCUCCGAACGUCGACCGACCUGCACCUGCACCUGAGCCUGAUACAAGCAACAAACCGAACCGAGGCAUCCCAAUCCCAGGUCUGCCCACACGGCCAUCAGGCGGCGAGGCUGCACCAUCAAUGCCAUCUCCACCACCGCAACCUCCUCGUAGUCCCACUCCUCCAACGCCCGAGAUGCGCUCUACCUCUCCCAUUCGGGUAGCAAUGCCUGUAGCUCGUGGAACUGUGCCUGAAAUUGCAAAUGUCCAUAGUGAGCAAAUGUCUCCACCACCCGCCAUGCCUAUUCGAUCGAUGGAAAAGAAUGCCCCUGAACCCGAACCCGAGGAUGACGAACCAGACACUGGACCAGACCCUGCUCGGGCUCAGGCGCAGACCACCGCAGCAGCAACAUUCGGCCAGGAGGCGGUGGAAAAUAUACCUUCUGCUUCUUCGGCAGCUGGGGGUGGUGGAGGCAAAAGAGCGUUGGUGCAGUAUGACUAUGAAGUCGCAGAGGACAACGAGAUUGAGCUCAAAGAAGGCGAGUAUGUCAUCAACAUCGACAUGGUUGACGAAGAUUGGUGGAUGGGGGAAAAUGCCAGAGGACAGAUUGGACUCUUUCCCUCCAAUUAUGUUGAGCUCGUUGAAGAUCAAGAUGAUGACGCUCCUACUCAUGAAACAGCAUCAGCGACGAUUGACCCAACCCCUUCAGCAACCGCUGCUGGUCCACCAGGUGGCAGCGGAACCGGGCCCACUGCAACUGCGUUGUACGACUAUGAGGCAGCAGAGGACAAUGAAAUCAGUUUCCCAGAGGGUGCCACGAUUAUAAACCUGGAGUUCCCAGACGAAGACUGGUGGUUGGGCGAGUACAAGGGGAGAUCUGGCUUGUUCCCUGCCAAUUAUGUCCAGGUUGACGAGUGA